UUUAUCAAACACUUGUUAGCAUUUUACUCCAAAUUGCAACAAAUAACAUAUAUUUUGUGGUUAAUUCCGCUGAAAUCAAAUAAACCCUCCAAAAGCCAAAAUGCACGCUACCAAAAAAUUCACUAUUUUUGCUGCUGCCAUCGCUGUUGCACUACUCUGUGUGCUCCUCCCAGCCGCUGAUGCCUUACCUUCUAUUGGACACUAUGGCAAGCGCUUCGAUACCAUGUCCGGCAUUGAUUUCAUACAAAUUUGCCUCAACAACUGCGCACAAUGCAAGAAAAUGUUCGGUGACUACUUUCAAGGACAGACUUGCGCUGAAUCCUGCCUCAAAUUCAAGGGUAAAGCCAUACCUGACUGUGAGGACAUCGGCUCCAUUGCACCCUUUCUGAAUGCCCUUGAAUAGAGUGUUUGAAGAUUGUCUAUGAAUCCCAUGCGCACACUCAGCCACACAUACAAACAUACAUGAAAUUUCAACGCCGCCUUCGUUAAUUCAUUAAGCUCGUCGUCUAAGUCGCCAAUCGAAGUUUAUAAUAUCAUCUCAAGCCAACGAUAUUUGCACUCACGCCACUUACGGUUUUCAAGAAAAUGUCUUUGAUGGAUUCAGUAUUUUUGCAUCUAUGAAUUUAGUGUUAAGUGUAAGCCUGCUAGUCGCUACUCAUUUGUGAACUUUGGCUCUGCCGCUCUUCGCCGACGUCACAACGCCGUGACGUACACAGUUUAUUUGGGUCAGUGUCAGCGGCACUCACUGCUUGCUGGCGACGCAUCUCGCACCAAAUACUCGUCGUAAGCAUGUCAUUAUAACUUUUCAUGUCAAUAGCCUUGCUUUGUGCGUUAUGCGUUGUUAUAAACACAUCUUUUUGGCAUUUAUGCAAAUCUCUUCGCCAUCGCAGGUUAAACUCAACCUAGAAAAAUACUCAGCUGACUCAUUCAGUAUCUAAAAAAGUUCCUAAUAAAACUAAUUGUAGUAUUAUAUUUAUAUACGUAUUUACAUAUUUU